AUGGCCAUGUUGUCGCCGUUGCGUGACCUUCAUUUCUUUUCCUGUCUGCGCAAUCAUCAGAUCAAGGUUCAAACAAAACAUCACAUGCUAUCAAGAUCCACCAUGAAGCAUAUUUUAGUAAGGUCAGCGGCACGAUCUCUGGUUGGCGGUGGUCGUAGCUACUACCGCCACCUUCCAACUGCGGCGAUCUUGGAGCUGAGACACCAGCAUGGCGGCGGCGCGUUUGGAAGCUUCUAUUUGCGGAGGAUGUCCACCCUUCCGGAGACAAAGGAUCACAACUCAGAGGAGAAAACAAACGAGGUCAACGACAACAAGAGCACCACCAACGCCGUCGUUUCGAGUUACUGGGGGAUCUCAAGGCCCAAGGUUCGUAGGGAGGACGGAACUGAGUGGCCAUGGAACUGUUUCAUGCCAUGGGACUCUUACCACUCAAAUGUGUCAAUAGACGUGACCAAGCAUCACACACCGAAGUCGUUAACUGACAAGGUUGCUUUUAGGUCUGUCAAAUUUCUAAGGGUUCUCUCUGAUUUGUACUUCAAGGAACGGUAUGGAUGCCAUGCCAUGAUGCUGGAAACAAUUGCAGCCGUUCCAGGAAUGGUGGGAGGAAUGCUGCUGCACCUGAAGUCAUUGAGGAAGUUUCAGCACAGUGGGGGUUGGAUCAAGGCAUUGCUUGAGGAAGCAGAGAACGAGAGGAUGCACCUGAUGACCAUGGUGGAGCUGGUGAAGCCCAAAUGGCACGAGAGGCUGCUAAUUUUCGCUGCACAGGGAGUUUUCUUCAACGCCUUCUUCGUGUUUUACCUCCUCUCACCAAAAGCAGCACACAGGUUUGUUGGGUAUUUAGAGGAAGAGGCCGUGAUUUCAUACACACAACAUUUGGAAGCAAUUGAGAGUGGCAAAGUUGAAAACGUCCCUGCCCCUGCCAUUGCUAUUGACUACUGGAGGCUCCCCAAGGAUGCAACUCUCAAGGACGUUGUCACUGUGAUUCGUGCAGAUGAGGCUCACCAUAGGGAUGUGAACCACUUUGCUUCUGAUAUUCACCACCAAGGAAAGGAAUUAAGAGAGGCCCCAGCUCCUGUUGGUUAUCACUGA